AUGAACCCUACAAUCACCUUUCUCUUCUUCUUCACCCUACUUCUCAUAGCUUCACCCUCCUCCGCAACCCGACCCGCGUCAAACCCUGAUCAAGUGAACCACUCCAAAGACGACAACAACAACAACCAAGCUGCUGGUGCUGGUGCUGCUCCUGUUACUGGUGCUAGUCCUGGUUCUGGUUCUAGUCCUGGUGCUGGUGCAGGUGGGUUCUUUGGCCCUGGUGGAGGCUUCACCAUACCCGGAUUCGGAAACGGGUUUGGGAAUGGCAUCAUAGGAGGAGGGUACGGAUCCGGGUAUGGCGGUCCGAAUGGAGGGUCUACUAAAGGUGGCAUCAUAAGACCGACCGUUGUGUGCAAAGAGAGAGGUCCUUGUUACCAGAAGAAGGUCACAUGUCCCGCCAGGUGCUUUUCCUCCUUCAGCCGCUCCGGCAAGGGCUAUGGCGGCGGUGGCGGUGGCGGUGGCUGCACCAUUGACUGCAAAAAGAAGUGCACCGCUUAUUGCUAA